AUGCCGUUUGGGCUGACUAACGCCCCAGCUACUUUCUGUAAUUUGAUGAACAAUGUUUUAUUUGAGUACCUAGAUGAUUUUGUUUUAGUGUACUUAGAUGACAUUGUAAUCUAUAGCUGCUCGUUGGAAGAGCAUGUAAGCCACUUGAAAAUGGUACUAUCUCGGUUGCGGGAGUACAAGCUUUAUGUAAAGAUGGAGAAAUGCGAGUUUGCUCAACAAGAAAUCAAGUUUCUUAGGCACUUGGUCAGCCAGAACCAAGUGAGGAUGGACCCAAAUAAGGUGCAGGCUAUUGUUGAUUGGCAGGCGCCGCAGAGUGUGAAGGACUUGAGGUCAUUCCUUGGGUGGGCAAACUAUUAUCGCAAGUUCAUUGCAGGGUAUUCAAAGAAGGCUGUUGUUUUGACUGAUUUGCUGAAAAAGAAUGUGGUGUGGGCGUGGACUGAAAAAUGUGAUGGUGCAUUCAACUUGUUAAAGGAGGCCAUUGCUUCAGAACUCAUACUAAGGCUGCCUGAUUUCGAAUUGCCCUUCGAAGUGCAUAUUGAUGCUUCUGACAAGGCUAUGCGCGCGGCACAUGCGUCGGUUACACAGUGUGUGAGGCAUAUGCGUCGGUUAAGGUCGGUUUUUAAAGGCUUUGCCCACAUGGGCGAAAUACUAGGCCUAGAAUCUGUAUGCCAUGAUCCCAAUGUAAUUGCUGGCACAUGCCAUGCCCGCCCCUCCCCUUGUAACUGCUUGUAACUGCCCCUGGCAGG